AUGUUUACCACAGUGGCGGUUGUGGUCACUGUCAUUAUGCUGUUCCCACUGGCGACGGUGUAUGGACUUAUCAUUCCUUUCGGAGAAGGCCUUGUCAAAAGUGAAGUAUCCAGCUCCGAUGUCCUUAAUACUAGGAAGAAGCAUGUCGACCCGGUCCUUUCCGAGCCGGUCAGUGGUCAGAGGAUAAGACUUGGUAACUAUGGUGAUGGUCCACGUGACAUAGGGCGUGGAAUACUUGAGGUGUACAGGGCAGGGAGGUGGGGUAUCGUUUGCGAUGACAACUGGCGGUUACCAAAUGCACAUGUGGCCUGCAAGGAACUGGGCUUUAAACAUGGGGCACUAUAUGCACUUGAUACCAGGAACCAUUCGACCGGAUCUUGGUUUGAUGGUUCGUUCGUAAUGGACGAUGUCACGUGUCGCGGUAACGAGAGUUCCCUGCUGCAAUGUGAUUACAAAUCACAGCACAACUGUCACGUGUUCGAGGCAGUGUCAGUAACAUGUCAGCCAAAUCAAGGUUGUAGCAACAGCUGGGUUGCAGGGCCUAGUGGAUGCUACCUUAUGCAGACAAAAUCACGGGUCACAGUGUUCGCGGCCGAUGUAAUGUGCUCAAAACUCGGAAGCUACUUAGCCAACGUCGAUAGUGUUCUGGAAAAUGAUUUCCUCUCGACAACUUUGCAAAUACUUCAUCCAGAUCAGAAAAAUUGGAUGAUUGGAGGCAGGUACCAAUCACAUAAAUGGGUUUGGAAAACAUUAAGGAGAAAGAGAAAGGAGCGGAGGAAAAAUGAGAAAGGGAAAAAAGAUAAAGUGAAAAAGAGCAAAAAGAAGGAAGCCAAGAACCAUACAAGAAACGUUCGGGCAAGACGAGACAAAAACGUAUUGGAGGAAAAGGAUAUGGACGUAACUGUCUGGUUUCCAGGUUGGAUGCCCUCCCUCAUUAACCGUGAGCCCUCUUCAACACCCAAACACAACUGUAUGGCUCUGUCUGACCAAUACACCCAUCCCAAUGGUUCCGUCGCAAACGUCUCCUACUUCUACUGGAAGGCCACAGAGUGUUUUAUUUCCGAAGGUCGUCUAAGUUAUAUAUGUGAAAAAUCAUUACAAUACACACCAGACGGAAACAGUCAGGACUGUUACAGAGGAACAGGAGAAGGCUAUCGAGGCCAAGUGAAUGUCACAAUAGGAGGGCUACUCUGUCAGAAUUGGAUGCUGUCUGCAACGAGAAAUACUGGUACUGACCCCAACAAGGGUCUUGGUGAUCACAAUUGGUGUAGAAACCCGGACAAUGACGUCAGACCUUGGUGCUGGACAAACGUCAACGCGGACGAGUUUGCAUAUUGUGGCAUAGCGCAAUGUCACACAAAUCAGACAUCCAAAUCACGACCAGCAGUACAAGAAUGUCCAAGCGGUCAUUUCCACUGUCACAAGGGAAAACAGGGGAGGUGUAUACCGUCCGUGUUCCAGUGUGACGGAGAAGUAGACUGUGACCAAUCUGAAGACGAGACUGGGUGUAGUUAUAUUUUACCAAAGUUCAGCAAGACUGAAAACGUGUCGACCACAGCCCUAGUCCGACAGACAUUUGGCACAAUCCCUGUCGAACUUUGUGCUAAAUUUUGCUUCGAAGAAAAGAAGUUUGCGUGUAAAUCAUUCACGUUUCGGAAAGUAUGGAAAUAUUGCUACCUGUCGUCAGAGAAUUUUAGCGUGGACAGCUGGACGUCCGAUGCCGAAUACGAUUUAUACGUACUAGGAACCACGUGACACGUUAAGAAGCGUAUCCGAUCG